UUUGGCGGCAUCAGCUUGGCUCUCACAAACAAAACAAUGGUUUUACUUGUAUCUGUUUUAUCUCGUUUUGUUGAACUUUUGCGAUAAGUGAUGUCAAACCGAGCGUGAUGGUGAGGGACUCCGUCAAUAAAUAGGAACGUGCCGAUAAGUUCGAGUUACUUUAAGAUAGCUCUUCGAGCUACUACAAGAGAUCAACGAAAUCUGAAAUUCUUGCAUUUUCUUAAAUAUUUUUAAUAAAAUCAAACCAAAAUGCCACCUGUUGCUAUUCCAGACGAGUCAGCAAAGCAGAAGCUGCGUGUGGCGAUCAUUGGUCAAAGCCAGUUUGCUGCAGAGGUGUUCAAGUUGUUGCAGAAAGAUGGUCACCAGGUGGUUGGAGUCUUUACAGUGCUUGACAAAGGCAACCGGGAGGACCCACUUGCCACAAUAGCAUCUCAGAAUGGGAUUCCAGUAUUCAAAUAUAAGAGCUGGCGGGUGAAAGGGCAGGUCAUCCCCGAGGUGCUGGAGCAGUACAAAUCUGUGGAGGCGGAGUUGAACGUGCUGCCGUUCUGCACGCAGUUCAUCCCAAUGGAGGUCAUCACGUACCCCAAGUACGAGAGCAUCUGCUACCACCCCAGCGUGCUGCCGAGACACAGAGGAGCGUCCUCUAUUAACUGGACGCUGAUAGAGGGCGACAAAGUAUGCGGGCUGUCGAUCUUCUGGGCGGACGACGGGCUGGACACCGGCCCCAUACUGCUGCAGCGAAGCUUCCCCGUCACUAUGGACGACACCGUCGACACGCUCUACAACAAGUACCUUUACCCUGAAGGUAUCAAAGCCUUAGCAGAGGCAGUGAACAUGGUAGCCAACGGUACCGCUCCUAAGAUCGCGCAGACAGAGGAUGGCGCCACCUACGACCCCGCACUGUUUAAGCCGGAAACUCAUCAGAUCGACUGGUCCAAAGGCGGUGUAGCAUUACACAACUUCAUCCGCGGCCUGGACUCCUCGCCCGGCGCCUCCACCACCAUCAAGGCACAGACUAGAGACAACAUAGACGACACCACGGACAUCCAGCUCAAACUGUACGGCUCGACGUUAUGGGACGGCGAUUACGAAGUGCACGGCGACCGUCUAGUCAUACCUGGGUUGGAGAAACCAGCUGCUGUGUAUGACGGGGGGCUGCUUAUCACUGCCAAUGACGGAGUUAAGCUCAACAUCCAACGCCUAAAAGUAAACGGCAAGAUGAUAAACGCGUCAAACUUCUUCAAAGCCAACGAGAACAAAGUAACCCUCGACUUGACAGACGAAGAGAAGAAGUUCAUAGAAAACGCUCGAGGCGUUUGGAAGGCAAUCUUACGCAUAGACAUUGAAGACGACACGGAUUUCUUCGCAUCAGGCGCUGGCUCUAUGGACGUUGUUAGACUAGUUGAAGAAGUUAAAGAUAUAGCGGGUUUAGAGUUGCAAAAUGAGGAUAUAUACAUGAACACGACGUUUGAAGAGUUCUUCACGAUAGCGAUAGUGAAGGCGAGAGGCGGAAGUGGGGAGAAAGAGAUAGUGUACGAAGGUGUGGAGUUGCAGGCCAACAAGAUGACGAUCAAGUUCCCGACGCAACUGUUCAUUAAUGGGGAAUUCGUUAAUGCUGAUAGCGGUAAAACUCUAAGCAUAGUGAACCCUACGGAUGAGACGGAGAUCUGCCGCGUGCAGAGUGCGUCCGUGAGCGACGUAGACAGGGCUGUGCUCGCCGCUAAGAAGGCCUUCGAGGAGGGCGAGUGGGCCAAGAUCAGUGCCAGGGAGCGCGGGGCGCUUCUGUUCAAACUGGCGGACCUAAUGGAGCAGCACAAAGAAGAGCUAGCGACCAUAGAGGCGAUAGACUCGGGCGCGGUGUACACCCUGGCGCUGAAGACGCACGUGGGCAUGUCCAUAGAGACGUGGCGGUACUUCGCCGGCUGGUGCGACAAGAUACAAGGCGCCACCAUACCCAUCAACCACGCACGACCCAACAGGAACCUAACACUAACAAAGAAGGAGCCGAUCGGCGUGUGCGCACUAGUGACGCCGUGGAACUACCCUCUGAUGAUGCUGUCGUGGAAGAUGGCCGCCUGCCUCGCCGCCGGGAACACCGUCGUUAUGAAACCUGCUGCUGUAUGUCCACUGACGGCGCUCAAGUUCGCGGAGCUGUCGCUGCGUGCGGGCAUCCCCCCCGGCGUCAUCAACAUCCUGCCGGGCUCCGGCGCCGUGGCCGGCAGCGCGCUCGCCAGCCACCCGCUCGUCAGGAAGCUCGGCUUCACUGGCAGCACUGAGAUCGGCCAAACAAUAAUGAAGACUUGUGCGUCGAACAUGAAAAAAGUAUCGCUGGAGCUGGGUGGGAAGUCGCCGCUCAUCAUAUUCGAAGAUUGCGACCUCGACAAGGCUGUCAAAAACGGCAUGGCAUCAGUAUUCUUCAACAAGGGCGAGAACUGCAUAGCGGCGGGCCGGCUGUUCGUCGAGGAGCGCGUGCACGACGAGUUUGUCCGUCGCGUGGUGGAGGAGACCAAAAAGAUCAGCAUCGGGGACCCCUUACAUAGAGCCACGUCACACGGCCCGCAGAACCAUAAGGCGCACUUGGACAAACUUAUACAGUUCGUGGAGCGCGGCGUGAAGGAAGGCGCGACCCUGGUAUACGGCGGCAAGCGGGUGGACCGGCCCGGGUACUUCCUGCAGCCGGCCAUCUUCACUGACGUCACGGACGACAUGUGGAUCGCAGACGAGGAGUCCUUCGGCCCCAUUAUGAUCAUCAGCAAGUUUAGUAGCAAAAACAUAGACGAUGUGCUCCGCCGGGCGAACAACACGGAGUACGGCCUAGCCAGCGGGGUGUUCACCAAGGACAUAUCGCGCGCCAUGCUCUGUGCGGAGCGGAUAGAGGCCGGCACUGUGUUCAUUAACACGUACAACAAGACCGACGUGGCCGCGCCCUUCGGCGGCUUCAAGCAAUCUGGCUUUGGGAAGGAUCUUGGCCAAGAAGCACUAAAUGAAUACCUGAAAACGAAAUGCGUCACGAUAGAAUACUAAAUCUUAGCUACUUCCGUCUAUGUAGAUAUAUACAUAAACAGCCUGGUUAUAUACGUCCCAGUGCUGGGCACACACCUCCCCUCAAUCAACCGGAGCAUACUCCACCACGCUGCUCCUCUGCCACUACUGCUGUCUAUAUACUUUUAGUUUUAAGAUUAUGUAAUAUUACGAUUAUGCAAUUGUUUUGUUUUUAAAAUUGUAAAUAGUUAUUUAGUUUGUAAUGUGCCUUAUAUUUAAGUAUUCGCACGACUGAUCAAUGAUUAUUAUAUUAUUAUUAUAUUAAUGUGAAUAGUAAAGUGUUACGCUUCUAA